CUUCUUUGCCGCCUGGUUCAUCUAUACUUAGUCUCACUUCGACAUUACCGGUGACGAUGGCCGCCACGCAAAAGCUUUAUCCGCGCGGAACGGUGAAGCGUAUUGUUAAAUCCCAGUCGAAUCGCAACGUGAGCAAGAAUGCUGAUAUACUGAUCUUCCUGGACUAUAUGCUUUUCAUGCAAGAAUUGGUACGCGAAGCAUCAAUUCGCUCGCGCAAAGCUGGUGACAAAACCAUUGGCCCAAAUUCCGUCCGAAAGGUGACCGAGAGGACAUUACGCAAGUUUAAGGCUUGAUCAUACAAUGACAUUUCAUGCACUGUGCAUAUCCCUGAAUGACCUCACGAGAAACCAUGGGAGGCAGAGUCUACAAGAUACCGUGGCUGGAUUAUUAUUGUUUUAGCAUUGAGCAUGGGAAUAGGUACUACCAUGGCGCUUAGUUUUUUCCUCUCCCUGUUUGGUCAUAUCAAGUUUGGACAAGAAUGAGGGAUGUGGAGGCGUUACUUAGGAGUUUAUUCUUAUGAUACCCCAAUGUAUUUGUUCCAAUGACGACUUAUUCCGACUCACGUCAGGCACACACGCUUCUCCCAGGUCCAAUUGGCUUUAGAGUGAAAAAAUCCCUAAAAAGACGCACAUGCGCCCCCAAGGCUGCAGCCAUUGACUCGGUAGCUGCGUGCCUACUGGCUGAGCGUUGUUCUGGGUGCUUUGUUGAGCUGCACGCGACAGAAGCGGCCUGAGGUUCGGAAGAGUUCCACCCGCAUCUUUC